AUGUCGGUUCUUGUGAUAUUCCUGUUGUCGUUAAGCGUUUUCGUCAGCGGACAAAGUCUGGGAAAAUGUCCGAAAAAGGAGACCAUGAAGACAUUCGACCCGAAAGAGUUUGAAGGACAGUGGUAUGAAGUGGAGAAAACUUUCUACAUGAUGGAGAUGACUGCUAGUUGUACUUCUUUCAAUUUUACUUUAAACCCCGAUGGUACAUCGUACAAAGUACAUAUUGGAACAAAAAAUAGAAUAACGGGGAACCCGAAUAUAUUUUCCGGGAUGGCGACCCUUGUUUCAAAAAGCAAAUCUGUACUCAACUACCAGGCCGAAAGUCGACUACCCGGGUUGUUUUCGCGUAUGAUACCUACCACUGGUCUGUAUCACAUCAUGUACUCGGAUUACCGCAACUAUACAGUUAUGUGGUCGUGUACAAGUUUCGGUCUUUUCCACACAGAUAUUAUUUGGGUUUUGGGAAGAGAACGAGAUCUUACAGCUACAUCCCGGGCUGAACUUUACAAUUUAUUAUAUGAACUGAACAUUAAUCCUGAUCGACUAAUAUUAACUAAACACGAAAAAUGUGAAGAAUUUUUUUGAUUCUAAUUUAAAAUGAAACACAAGAGGUUUUAAAUUGUAAUAAAUAUGCUAGUCAAUACAGUAAGCCAGAUUUGAAUAUUUUGUACCUAUGUUAGAUAUAGGUACAUACUACGUUGUAAUAUUAUGUGUAUAUUCGCAAAUGGACACUAAUUGACAAAUAAUAUAAUGUGUAUUAGCUGUUUCGUCAAACUUAAGACUUGGGUUGUAAAAAAAAAAAACUUGAACCUGUUCUAUAAUUUGUUACAUUGUGUUUGAGUAAAAUUAAAAAUCAUAAAUUAGUAUGCAUAACGAGUAAAAAUUCACAUAAUUAUAAUAGGUACUAGUUUUACAAGAGAAAAAAUGUUAUUUUUUUAAACUUGACACUAAUUAUUUACAUAUAUUUAUACAAUUAGUUUUAUAGAUAUGACAUUCUUUAUUCACAUUGUAUUUUUCAUUUUUAAUAUGAUCCAAUAAUUGGAAAUGAGUUAUGACAAAUAAACAUGUGUUAAAAAUGUGUAUUAACAAAAAUACACUGUUAUAUGCUUUUGUAGGUAUGUAUGGCAUAUUAUGUAGAAAGUAGAAAUAAUGCAUAAGACAAUUUGAUUAAUAAAUAUGUUAAAUAUUUCUCAGAUGACUUUUAGCAAUUAUAGAAUAGAAUUUUUUUAAUAUGCCUCAAUGGGUAAAAGUGUAUGACUAUAAAAAUAUGAUUUGUAAAAAUAAAAAAUAUAAUACCACUCA